AUGUCCAUUGCACGACACACGGAAAUUCUUCCACAGGGUGGUAAAAAAUGCUGGUGUUCAGACUUCAGGGAGGAUAUAGAAAGUCCCCUUUCAACGUGUACAAGUGAUGGCGAAGUACAAAAAGUCUUGGUGAAUGGCACAGCACAAAUAAAAUGUGAUGUUUCUUCGAAUCAAGCCAACGACAAAGUUCUUCUUGUUGUUUGGUACAAGAACAAUCUUCCAAUCUACAGCUAUGACAUCCGGGGAGCACAUUCAAAUAGUCCGUCACAUUGGCGAGACGGAGAAGUGCUGGAAGAUCGUGCCGUCUUCAAGUCAGUCGGUGGGCCAGCGGAAUUAAUCAUAAAUCCAGUCCUGGACAAGGAUGCUGGAAAUUUUCGCUGUCGAGUCGAUUUCAAACUUUCACCGACAAGAAAUAGUAAUGUGAACUUAGAAGUAGUUGUUCCGCCCCAACCACCGAAAAUUUUCAACGAGAUGAGAGAAUACAUUGAAUCUCGCGCUGGUCCAUACGAAGAAGGGGGUGAUCUGCAUUUAAUUUGCGUAGUUGUUGGAGGAUCCCCGAUGCCAACAGUUACGUGGUCAAGCAAUGGCCAAAUACUUUCCAGUACAAUGCUCGAUUUGUCAUUUUCUUCCGCAUUGAAUAGUAAACUUAUAGUACGUAAUUUAUCGAGAAUACACCACCAUACAGUUUACACGUGUCAAGCGAGUAAUUUUCAUAAAAAAAUUGUCUCCACCAAUGUCACUAUUGAAUUGUACCUUCGACCACUUUCCGUGGAAAUCCUAUUUGGAAAUCAACCCUUAUCAGCGGAUCGACGAUAUGAAGUGCAAUGCCAAACAGUGGGCUCGAGACCACCAGGGAAAAUAACGUGGUGGAUGAGUGGUGUUGAACUAAAAGCGUCAAAUGUGAAGGUCUCAUCAGAUGGUAACGUCAGUUUAUCAACGUUGAAUUUUACACCCACAAGACAAGACCAUGGGAAAACACUUGUUUGCCGUGCCACUAACGAGCUGGUUAAGCGUGGAAUGAAGGAAACAUCGAUGAAACUGAAUGUAUUCUUUGUACCAACUCUUCAGCUGGACUUGGGAUCAAAUUUAAAUCCGGAAGAUAUUGAAGAGGGAGAUGAUGUCUACUUUGAAUGCAAAGUGCACGCUAAUCCUGCUGCAUACAAAGUUGUAUGGAAACACAAUGGACAAACGGUGCAGCAUAACCACAAAGCCGGUGUGAUAAUGAGCAGCAGUGAUUUGGCUCUGCAAGGGAUUACAAGGCAUCAAGCCGGAAAUUACACAUGUAUUGCCUCGAACGUAGAGGGUGAUGGUGAGAGCAAUGUUGUCGAGUUGAGAGUUAUGUAUAAGCCAAUCUGUCGACCGGACCAGAAGCGAAUUUAUGGUGUGGCCCGUAACGAAGCGGCUGAGAUUCUAUGCGAAGUGGACGCAUAUCCGGCUCCUGAAACAUUUAAAUGGUCCUUCAACAACACAGCGGAAACGUUCGAUAUGCCCCAAAGUGGCUACCGGGUCCACUCAGCUCAGGCAUCCACAUUAACGUACACACCUGUGAAGGAAAUGGAUUUUGGCACAAUUAUGUGCUGGGCAGAUAAUGUUGUUGGGCAACAGAAGGAGCCUUGUGUAUUUCACCUAAUAGCUGCUGGAAGGCCUGAUAUGCCCUACAAUUGUACACUGAUCAACCAAACUUCUGACUCUUUGGAAGUUGAUUGUUCUGAAGGGUUCGACGGUGGACUACAACAGUGGUUCAUCAUGGAGAUAUUUGAUGAACAAACAGGACUACUGCAAGCAAAUGUGUCUUCCAAGUUACCUCUAUUCGCAGUCGGUGGUCUAGACGCUGGACGUCUCUUGAAGAUAUUAAUUUAUUCUGCCAAUGUUAAAGGUCGUAGCGAAGCUGUGGCUGUUCAGGCAUUCACAUUGAAGGCGGCAGAAAAGCAAACUGGACGAGACGGGAAGCACAAUCAAUUCGAAUUAGCGUCGAUACUAUCAGUUGCAAUAUUUAUCGGUGUGCUAACAGUAUUAGUAUGUAUCGGAGUGGUCAUGUACAUCUUGAGGCUACGCACCGGUGCACCACACAAUCAUCACCAUCAGCACAAAAGCAAGAACAACAAUAUGACACGUCCGGGAAAUUUGCCGAUCAAGGAGAAAAUUUCCUUGCCACUGAGUCAAUCUGAGGAUUUGUACGACGAAAAGAAUCCUGAUGUUGUGCCAUACAAUGAAGAUCCCGACUACAAAUUGAAAUCAGCUGCCCAAACUCCAGCCGCGCACCAUAAUUCACGCUCAAAUGAUCCUGAAGUGGUUGGCAGAAUGGUGGAUGAUAGGAAAACAUAUUUAACAACGCAAGAUGAGCUCCACUAUGCGGAGCUAUCCUUGGCCGUUUCGAAGCACAUAGAGAGCUCCGGCGGCAGCACAGGAGGUGGAGGGCCACCGCCUGGUCUUCUGUGUUCAGGGAGUAGUAAACAACUUCAGUCGGGACCAACGGUUGUUCCCUCCACGCAGGAUCCUAACCAGAAAAAGCCACCUGCGUACAACUACUUCGACGAACCCACCAUUUAUGCUCAAAUCGACCAUAAUUACAAAGUGCCGGCGAAUGUAGUUAUGCCGCCGGCAACUUCUCCAUCGUCCACCGCCGCAGUAGCGCCAACGUCGUAUCCGGCGAAGCCCUUUCUGCGCGAAAUCGUCACGAUGCGGACGCCGUUGGUGUUUACGCAACAGGAAAGUUGCGUCUAAUACCGUCGCGUCGAGUGGCGCACACCUCCACCCGAAAAAAUUAGGAGAAACAAUUUCUAUUCUUCACCUAACUGCAAAAUGUACAUUUUUUGGCGCAACAUGCCUAGAAUAAUUUUACUCUAAAACAAAAAAAAAAGAACUAUAAUAUCUUUAAGGCACUGGAGUCUCCGCACAAGAGACCUAAUAAAAAAGACUCUGUAAAAAGUUCUUUCAUAUCCUUGAGAAAGAAGAACGUGAAAUCAACAGAGAAAAAUCCUUGAGAAAUUCUGUUCAAUCAAAAUAAUGGUGUUGAAUGUUGUUUUCUCAUUGUACUGAAGAAAUAUUUUUUACUCUGUCUAUUAUUACAACGAUUAGGGGCAAAAACAAUGUAUUAUGGAGUACGUACAUUUUACUUAUGUUUUGUAAACAUUGAUUUGAACGUGACCUAGUGAAAUUGGUGGAAUUAAAUUUAGCUCCAUCUCUUACAGAUCUGUUAAUUCCAUGUUUACAGAAUCAAAGUAAUUGUGAUGUACUCUGUAAGUUUUGAAAAUGCGACAACUACUUUUCAUAUCAUCUAAUUCCUUCCAUAUAAAUAAUAAUAUUUAUUUUUCAUUAAUCACUUCAAAUGGUAAAUUAUUGCAUAAGGUUUCACUCAUUCAACAUUUAGCAAAUUUCUAUGUAAUGUUCUUGGAUGGUUAGGAAGGAAGAUAAAUCGCAGCAAUAAAGUUUGAAAUGUUAUUACCAUUCUCCAAAAGAAAACAGUCAACAAAAGUGAUCCUCCUAAGUUGGUGACCAUUGCAAUGAUUCUGUUAUUGUUUUUCAAAUUGAUUUCAAUUUAAUAAAUAUUAAACAAUGCUUUAAUGUUUUCCAUUAUACAUUUCAUUUUAAAUAUUAAAAAUUAAUCGGAUAUUGACUGGAAUUAAAUCGUAAAUCAUAUUAUAAGGAAUUAUUUCAACAUUAAAUUAAACAUCCUUUUAUAGUUUAAUACUGAAAAAUCACAUUUUAUUGUAUAUAUUAUAUACUAAAUUGCAUUUUUGGGGACAUAAUUGAUUGUUACAUAAAAUCAAAUAUAAAUUUAGAAAGGACCGUUAUAUAUUCAUAGGUUUGCUAACUAAUUGCUAGAGACUAUGACUUUCUUUGGCUGUUCUUAUCAUUGCCUCAGCCUGUGCGAAAGUUAAAACUUACUGCCAAUUUCCAUAACGAUUCACAUCUUCUAUGCGUAACUUUGCAUUCAUUCAAUUCAAGAAACCGAUUUAUUAAGGACCAAAUACUCAGGUUGUUGUACUACCACUCUUUUAGUCACAUUUCUCCUUACGCACAAGGCAUCAACUUUAAUUGAUUUACUUUUAAUUUCGGUGUGUUUAGAAUGGUUG